UCACACUCUUUGACAUGCACACUCACUUCAUCUGACACACACCUACACUCCCACACACAUUUUGCCCACUCUCUCUCUCUCUCUCAAACGCAAACCAAGACAGAAACACUGUGAGCUCAGUGACUCAACAGUGGCUCAGAAAGUUUCUAGGACAUAAACACCACAUACACACACACUCAAACAGUCUCUCUCUCGUCACUCACACACACACACACACGCACACACACGCACGCACACACACACACACACACACACACACACACACACACAUUGCACCACGCCACACAUAUUUGUCAGCCUCACCCACCCUUCCAACACACACACACACACACACACACACACACACACCACACACCGUGAUUUGAUUGCACUAAGUGGAUGAGCUCACACCUGAGGAAGGUUCUGAGGCGGGGGAAGACUCUCCAGCUCAGUGGAGCAGCAGCAGAGCAGAGCAGCAUGGUGGUGAAGUAGUAGACUGCUCUGCUCACAAGGACCAACUUCCAUCACCACGCAUCCAGCUGGAUCACCAGUAAAUCCAAGGACCAUUCAAAGUCACACGUGACAGGCAGACGCAAAGAGAGUGACCCCGAGGACUAUUUGUGACCAAAAAAAAGAACACGAAGACCGGGCUAAAACUGAGGCAAAGGUAAACAAAGUGCUAGAGAGGAGGGAGGGACCCAGGAUACUUCCACUGGUUUUCGCAGGACGGGAGGAUGGGUGCUUAGCCCGUCCCUAUAGCCUGGGAAUCACGUGAAGGAAGGAGCCCAGUCAAACCCCCAUACGCCUGGUCUGGCCUCCCAGAGGAUGGUGCCCUGCCGAGGGCUGCUGGGGGCGCCGAUGCCCCUGCUGUGGAGGGGGGCGCCUCUGGUGCUGCUGCUGCUGCUCCUGCUGCCACCAACGUUGUGCACCGCGUAUAGCGAGGACAGUGCUGAACUGGACGGAGACAACUACACUGUCAGUACAGAGAGCCCGGAGGCCAUCUCAUCGGAUGCAGUGAUAGCCAGUCCUCUGAACACCUGGCUGCUGUUCAGGAACUCCAAUAAGGGAGAGCCCAAGAGGUCCAGACAUCCCAAAAGACCAUCUAAGCAUGGUCUCCCCGGGCCCCCUGGACCUCCCGGCCCACAGGGCCCCCCAGGGCCACCGGGCCCCCACUACCCGCUGCAGGAGGCCCUGUUGCAGGAGUUCCAGCUCAAGCUCAAGGAGCUGGUAGGAUCGCAGUGUCUCUUCUGUGACCAGCCCCCCCGUGUGGUCACAGCCUUCCACUGCCGCCUGCAUCACAGCCUGACCGUGCCCCGCCGCAGCCUGCAGGAGCUGCAACCCUUCAAUCCGCCCACAGAGACGGAGCAGUCCCACCAGAGAGGACAGGCCUUCAAUGCCAGCAGCGGCCGCUACACGGCCCCCAUCUCCGGCUUCUACCAGCUCACCGCCAGCCUGCAUAUUGGUACGUCAAGAGAAGAAAGGGGGUCGUGGGUGUCAGAAGAAAAUCAGUGGGAGUCCAGUGAUACACACCGCAAGUCUCAAUCAAGGCCCAGAGACAGCGUGAGAGCUUCCAUUUGCAUUGAGUCCCUAUGUCAGAGCAAUGUUUCUCUGGAGACAGUCACUGGAGUGGGCUCAACAGGCAAAGUAUUCAGCGUCUUGCUGACAGGAACACUCUACUUACAGGGAGGCGAGUAUGUCUCUGUGUUUCUUGACAAUGGGACAGGUUCUGCGCUUACAGUUCUUCAAGAAAGCUUGUUCUCUGGAAUCCUUCUUGGAGUCUGACACAAAUACACAUUCGCUCAAAUGGACACAGACACAGACACAGACACACACAUACACACACACACACACACACACACACACACACACACACACACACACACACACACACACACACACACACACACACACACACACACACACACACACAGUACGCAUAAACAUACACACACAUACAGCACCUCCCACACACACACACACCCUUCAUGGAGGGAAAAUCAAACCACAAAAGUUGCCCGAGGUUUUUAAGAGGCUUUUGGCAUGCCCGUGUGUUCUCUUUGGCUGGAUGAGCUAAUCAUUUGAGAACAGGGGGCAACAGAGAACAGUAAUACCGUAAUUGCAACGAGGAGGACUUUCCAGGCAUCUACAGCAUACAGACCCUAAGCAGCAGGGCCGCUGGCAGCUUUUGCUGGGCCCAGGACAAAAGUGAUCUGAAAGGGGCCCCUACCCAAUAUAUACAAUGUAAUGGGGACCAAAAUCUGGGCCCCCUAUCUCCCUGGGCCCGGGACAACAUACCCCUUUGUCCCCUCCUGUCGGCGGGCCUGCUAAGCAGCUUCAGCAAUUAUCCAUAACACCGUUGCCAGGACAGCAGGAUAGUGCGCCGCUGUCUGUGUCAUAUUUGCAAAUGGAUGGCAACGUGUUUAUAAGGAAAGGUUGUUUAUAGAGAUGUAUUUUUUUUAACGCUGUGUUGUUUCCAUCUAGCAAAACCCUAUGAAAUCCUGCUAUAUUUAUUUUCCAUUGCUCUCCAAAAAAAAAAAACAAGGUGUAGAUAUUUUGUUUCUGUGUUUGAUAACGUUUGUAAUAAAUCAUCUUAUGAAUUCUGUGACGCAGGUGAUGGUUUAUUAACAGGCUUACACAGGAAAUGACUCAGAAUAAUAUUGCCAAGUUCAAGGUUGACGUCAUAAUUGAAUAAUUGAAACUUAACAGGUAUGUAUUAAAUGUAAUUGUGGUCAGCUGCGGCAGACGUAAUGGCCUGGUAAUUUGACAUUCUUGUAACUGUAUGACUGGCCUGAUGAGAGCUGUUUGAACAAAUACAGACAUGAGAGGGCUGAAGACGGUUUAUACUGCAGAGGAUUGUCAGUCAUCAUAAAAACAGUUGAUAGUGGAUUCCAGUACAAGCCCCUUGGAUUCCGGUACAAGCCCCUUGGGUGAAUUUAAGGCAUAGGGUUUAAGGCAUAGGGGCUGCUGUCUGCAAAAUAUGUUCUGCCUUCUCCUUUUCCUAUGGUAAUCCCAUAUGAGGAUUUAAUAGUCAAACAAAAUAAGUAAGCAGUUCAAUGGUGAUUUGUGAGUAUUUGUGUAUGCAAUAGGCCAGCUAACCUGAAUUUUGACAUGUUGAUUUAAAAAAAAAAAUCCAGUUUAUAUUUUCAAGCUCUCAAGCUCUAAAACCUCGGCGUCACUAGGUAACAUUCUCAUGUCACCGCCA